UUCCUCUUUUGCUUCUGUUUUAGGUUAGGAGGAAAGAAAGGAGUAUCUCUUGUCUCUCGUUUCAAGUGUUUAUAUAACUUCAUAAAAAACUUAUUCAUAUUAUAUUUUGUCUAACAAUUAAUUAAGUACAAUGUCUUCCAUAGAUGCUAACAGUUUUUUAGAAACAUCUACUAUGAAAAUGCCUAUUGUUGGCUUAGGAACUUGGCAGGCUACAGAGGAGCAAGUUGAUCAAGCGUUAAAUGCAGCAGUAGAUGCUGGUUACAGGCAUAUUGAUACAGCUUUUGUUUACAUGAAUGAAGCUGCUAUAGGAAAGUCUUUGAAGAAAAUAUUUGAAAAUGGCAAAGUAAAACGGGAAGAAAUGUUCAUCGUUACAAAGCUUCCGAACAUUGCUAAUGAUGCCAAGUACGUCGAAGAUUAUAUAAAACGGUCAUUGAGUGCUUUGCAGUUAGAUUACAUCGACUUGUACCUAAUUCAUCAUCCAGUUGGAUUUGUCAAUGGAGAAGACCUCAUGCCCAAAGAUGAGAAUGGAAAGGUCAAACUUGAUAUGUCCACCGAUCACAUCGCCAUUUGGAAGAAAAUGGAAGAACAAGUAGAUGCUGGCCGAGCAAAGGCGAUUGGACUGUCCAAUUUCAACAUCAAACAGAUUGAGCGAAUAAUUGGCUCGGCGCGCAUCAAGCCAGCAAACUUGCAGAUAGAGGCACAUCUCUAUUGCCAGCAGAAGGAGCUGCACGAGUUUUGCAAGAAAAAUGGCAUUACCGUCUGUGCCUAUUCGCCACUCGGGUCGCCCAACCUCAUGCCCAUGCUACCUAUGUUUGGUGGCGAUCCAAGCAGUAUACCGCAACUCAACCCAUUGACAGAUCCAGUUGUGUUAGAAAUUGCAAAGGCACAUGACAAGACGUCUGCUCAAGUUCUCCUCAGACAUUUGUUGCAGAAAAAUUUCGCAGUUAUUCCGAAAAGUUCAAAUCCUGAGCGAAUAAAACAAAACUUCCAGGUGUUCGACUUUGAACUAUCAGAGAAAGAAAUGGGUGAUUUGGAUGCUUUAGAUAGAGCAAACGACGGAAGGCUGUUCAAGUCAACCCUUUUCUCUGGAGCUGAUAAACAUCCAGAAUGCCCCUAUUAAUGCAUACAUGAAACUACGUCUGCCAACAAAAUCAAAUUGAUCUUCCAAAAAGUUAAUCAUCAUCCUCAUCUCAAGACAAGAAUGACAAACAUUCAUUAGUUAUGAAUUUAAUGUUAUAUAAUAUGUUUGAACAUUUUAAAAUAUGUUUGAAAAUAUUUUUAUAAAUGACAUGAUGUGUUAAUUGAUUAACUUGGUUCACAUGUAUGUAUUAGAGAUAAUAUAUAUUUCAAGCACUUGAGAUAAAUAAUAAUAGAAAUUAGUAACAAAAUGAAAUCAAUAGCUUGUCACUUGUUGAUGAAAAUAGAGAAAAUGUCAUAGAGUUCAGAGGCCUUAGUACAUUUUGGACAAGAAAUUCCAUUCAUUUCCUUGUUAACCGAUCUUUUCACCUCUUCUAGACAUUCAUUGCACAUCAAGGGUCCGCAUUUCUUUACUACAAUAUUGAUACUCCGCUGCUGGCUGCAGCGAUAGCUAAAGCAAACGAACACCAUCAUUGUAGAUCUACUCCUUCUUAAAAUCGUCGACGUUUCUUAUUUGCUUGUCUAAUUUUAGUACUGCUACGCAGACACUGCGUAGGCGACAAUGCUGCCUCGGCUAUUCUGGCAGCAGCUACCGCUCUGGUUGGUAGGACUACCGCACGCACUGCUGGAACAGAUGUACUGCAUGCAGCACUACGGGGGGCACCAUCUGCAUUUGUUGAGGCACUUAAUGACGCUGCCACUUUCCUGCGACCAGUCGCAGUGUUGCUACCUGCUGAUGGAGCUGAAGAUGACUUUGUUGUAGUGGAUGAAGCUCCAUUUCUACUACAUGCCCUUCCAACUGCAUGCCCGCUGUUUGUGAUUGCUCUCUGUGUGUUGAGGCCUUGCCGAUGCAAAUGCGGUUACAGUAGACGAUGUUUUCUUCGCCACCUGAACGAUGUAGCUGACCAUCCUCCUUGUUUCUGGGCACUUGCCACUAGUCUUUCCAUCAAUGACUUUUUCCCCCUCUUGCUUCAGCCUGUUCUUCCUCUAUGGUUUGUAGAGGAAUCGUUGGUAACAAUGGAUCCCUUUUGGAAUUGAAAAAAACUCGCAUUUUUUGGUGCACCAUACUUCUAGACGGUAUUCUGUGAUAAGCAGACCCGUGCAACGCAAAUUUUCCAGCAAAUGCAGGCAUAUCGACCCUUUUUCGAGACUGUUCAAUUUCUAACCAUGAUAGUGCGACAUCAUCGUCACAGGUUGAUUUUUUCUUCAUUUCCACCAGGUGGAUCAUUGCUGAUUUCAAUCUAGUUGUUGAUUUCCCUGUAGCCAAACAUUCUGAUCUAUUGCCUCCACCUUCUAAUAUCGAUAUAGUUCAACUAUGAUUUUAAUUUGUAUUUUGUUUGUUUUGUUUCUAUAGAUGCAGAAUGUU